CGCCAGAUCAGGCAGUGCUUCGCAUCGCACAAGAGGAAACGAGAAAAUCAGAGCGAGGAAGCCAGAAGAGAAACAAUGCCUUCGACCAGGCUGCUGCGCACUGUCGCCCUGCAGGCAUGCCUGCUGUUGAUCUAUAUUUGCCUGCUGCAGGCGAUCGAGCUGCAGCUGCACGAACAACAGCUGCAGCAGCAACUGCUCGAUGAGCAGCUUCGACUGCACCAGCAGCAACAGUUGCUGAAGCAACAGCGCGAACAGCAGCUGCAACAGCGCCGCUACUCCUCGACCACAUCGACGCGCAAGCCCUACAUCAUACCGCAGGGCCUGUCGCUGCCCCAGCGAGGCGUUUAUCCAGACAAAUGUUACCGGGAAGUGCCAGCUGUUUUCUUUCAGUACGAUAAGGAACUGAAGAUCGUUGGCAACAGCUCGACUAAUCCGUACUUCAAUGUCAUCGAGGUCUGCUGCAAGGGCUGGCGGCGCUACGAGUACGAUUGGUCGCGAUGUGUUCCGGAUUGCGGAGACCGUUGCAAGGAGAAUGGCUUCUGCUUGCCCGGCGGCAAGUGUCAGUGCUUCUCGGACUUCGUGCUCAACUAUCGGAAUGAGUGCGUGGCCACCUGCCCGCUGGGCUGUCCGCAUGGCCAGUGCUAUUUGAAUGGCACCUGUCGCUGUGAGCCCGGCUUCGAGCUGGAUGGCUCGAAGCGCUUCUGUCAGCCACAGUGCAACACCACCUGCGGCCACAACGAGCUGUGCCUGGAGCCGGGCAAAUGCGUCUGCGCCGAGGGCUAUGCCCGCGGUCUAAGGGAGUCCAAUGCCCUGGGCUGCCAGCCCAUGUGCAUACCCGACUGUGGCUAUGGUCAUUGUGUGGCUCCCAAUCAGUGCGAGUGCUUUCCAGGCUAUCAGAAGCGCAUGAAUCGCAGCUCCUGUGAAAUCAAUUGCUAUAUGCGCUGUGAGAACGGCUUCUGUGCGAAUCAAACGACAUGCGUGUGCCAGAACGGAUACCGUUACGAUCACAAUACAACCAGCUGCUUGCCGGACUGUGGGGACGAGUGUCGCAAUGGCGUCUGCGUUUCACCGGGAAAUUGCCGCUGCUUCAAUGGCUAUGUGCGAAAUCGCGAGAGAUGCGAUGCGGUGUGUGAACGCGGCUGUGGCUUCUAUGGCCGUUGCAUAGCGCCAAAUGUUUGCGGCUGCGGCAUAGUUGUGGGCGCCGAGGAGAGCUAUCAACGUUGCGAGAAUGGCUAUUGCAAUGCGGAAGGUCAUUGUCGUUGCCUAGAGGGCAAGACGCGGUUCAUAGACAAAUGCAUGUCGCCGGAUACGGUGACCACCUACGCCUCCAUCAAUCCGUUGCGAGUGAAUGCCUCUCUGAUGCACGAGUUUCAACUGCUGCUGGGCAGACACUUUAUACUGGGCUCCGCAGGCAUGCUUGAGGCAAACAGAUGGUGGGACUAGCUGACUAGCCAUAUAUAAAUAUACAUAUAUAUAUACUAAAAUAAUAUAUACUAUCUC